AUGACCAUCUGGAAGACAUGCUCACCACGUUGUUCGAGGACCGCAGCAAGUUCCGCUCGGCGUGGAGCACUUACUGGAAGUGUGUUCGAUCGCCCAAAGGAGCCGAGCCACCACGAGUCUUGGACAUCGACUACGACGAACGAAUGCGACAGCAGGUGCGCCAAACGCGCGAUCAGAUUCUCAAUCAGCGACGACAGGCAACCGAGAGGGAGGUGCAGAAGGAGAAGGAAACGACCAACUAAAAACGUAAAACGAACGAACCAACGAAUCAACGAAGCAGUAACCGCACCAACCCUGAUGGUUGCAUGGCAGUCCCCAAUUCGUGAUACUCACAUACUAAAGCCAAGAAAGGAAGACACCACCGCCAAAUGUCGACCCGCUGAGCUCAGAAGAAAAGAACAAGGAAAGAGAGACUGA